CAUUUGCGUUUAAGCCCUGAUGAUAUUUGGCUUACGAUUUCUCAAGGUGUUAGACAACAUAUUAAUUAUAAUUCUGAGAAAUUUCGACAUAAAUUUGUUAGACAUGAAGGACAAAAAGAAAUUUUUAUUUUAGUCGAUGAUAUCAUAUCUCCGAGUACUCUUGAAGUUAUAAAAACUGAAGAGAAUGUGGAAAAAAUUGAACUUAAGGAAUUGUUAGAAUGUAAUUUUUCAACAACGACAUCAAGUUCUUUAACUGCAAGUCGUAUCGUAUUAUUAGAUGCUGUUAAGAAAUACUUUAAAUAUAGUAUUGGGUUGAUGUGUGGAAUUCCAAAAAUUACACUUGAAGGAACACUGGAAGAUUGGAUGAAACUUCAAGAAAAAAUUAUUCAUUUAAGAAAUCUAAAUUUAGAACUAAAUUUUUGGUUGGAUCGCCUUGAACCAGUAAUUUGCAAGUUAAUAGAAACUUAUCGUGGUGAAAUUGACGAAGAGUUUUGGAGUAAAAUUGUAAAAAUAAAUCAAAGUUUUGGUUCAGGAGGAGAAGGUCCUUAUAUCACAGGAUGGUUAACAAGCUUCUUUCCUUAUGAUCGUACGGGACAAACUAUAUAUAAUAAUUUAGAUAUUUCUGAUAUUCCAAAUGCAUGGUUGAG